AUGUCAGAGAGGUCAGCUGCUGAUGACUUCUUUGGCAUAGAGUACUUGUCGACGCAGCAGUCGCCAGCGGAAAAGCAGGAACCGGAAGAAGAUAGAUCGGACACAGUUCUCAAAAAGACUGCAAAUUCGACAGCUUCUGUUCAAGCUGAAGAAACUGACCAGUUAUCAGGAACAGAGUUUUUAGAUCGAGCUUUUUUUGGUGAAGGACUCAAACGUCACGAGCAAUUCUCUCCUGAGAAAGAUCCGAGUCAGUCACGCGAUUUUUUCGAAGAGAACUUUUUCAAAAGAAAACCCCUAAAAGAUAUAAACGCUGGAGCAUCUGCGCAAUCCCACUUAUCAGAACUAGAGCCAAGAAGCGAUCAUCAUCAAGAACGAGCUCCAGUUAGAGCUUCACGUAAACGUCAACAUGUUGAGAAGAGAACGAAGGAAGCUUCAGAACCAGUAAUGGAGGAGUUCGAG